AUGGCCGAGCUACAGGAGACCCGCUGCCCGCUUUGCAACGAGGAGUUGGUUGAGGUGCUGCUCACCAACAAGCGCAACGCGACCUACGAUCCCACGGACACGCUGGGACUGAACUACGAAGUUCCUUGGACGUACUUCUGCGACGACACGAUCCGCCGGGCUGCGAUGCAGCUUCUGGGCUAUCGCUGUCAGAUCGAGGGUUGCGAGAGGCGUGACGUUGCCUUCAAGACCCUCCACAAGCUAGAGGAUCAUCUUUGGCAUACGCACUGGCGCCAGCUAUGCAAUGUGUGCUUGCAUGAUAGGCCGGCCUUCAUUUGUGAACAGAGGGCGUAUGCGUCCAACGACAUGGAGCGCCACUUUCAACAAGGGGACAACGCAUCUAUGUCGUUAGAGCAUCCUGCCUCCUCAGCAGCCAGCGUUCCCGCUCAUCCCAAAUGCGAAUUCUGCAACCAAAGGCUCUUCAACGAAGAGAGCCUCCUGACGCACAUGCAGCAGAAGCACGAGCUUUGCAACCUUUGCGACUCGAUGAAAUGGAAGAACGAGUACUACUUGAAUCCUAAGUGCCUCUCGAGACAUUACCAGGAAUGCCACUACGUCUGUGCUCAUCCGGACUGCGCGACGGGUGGCUACCGACAGAUCGCCUUCGCGGAUGAGAAGGGCCUGGAAGAGCACUACAUAAGAGUCCACAAGCAGAGCUUCACGCAAGACAAGGGCAAGAACAAGCUGGAGAUCGGCUGGUUCGAGGACUCCAGAGUCAGAAGACGUGAAGGCGCAGGCCGUGGCUCCAACGGAGAGGAGCCAGAUCUACCAGAUCCAAUCCACUUCCGAUGGCCGACCACAGCCACGCCUGAGGACUACGCUGGCAGCAAUGACGCGCAGGACGGCGCGAGGUCUGACGGCAACUUCAAGCGCUACCCCCCGCGCGACAUCAUUCCUCUUGCCAGUACCAAGGAGAGUGAAGGCGGAGGCUGGAGGGCCAAAGACAACAGCCAUCCCGAUGCCGAAGAGGCCGAGGCGCCGAAUGAUGGAGGAGUUGCAGAAGACGCGGAGCCUGAGAAAAAGGCCGAGCGAAAGGAGUCAGCACCAUCGCAAGAGCUCCUUCCGGCCAUGGAGGCUCUGGGCGUUGAGUGUGCCGUUGCCAGAGAUGGCCCGCGCAGUGGGGCUCCGAGCUGCCUUAGCGCCCUAUGGGCAGCUUUGUGCGCCAUGCUGGAGGACGACGAUACCAUCGAAGAAGACCGGGAUUCCAAGCUCCUGCCCGUGGUUCAGAGACUGAACGCCGCGGAGGUGGAGAACCUGGAAAGCAUGCGGAUCCACUUGCACGAUUGCCCUGGUGAUCCGAGCGCAGCGGAACACAGCAUCGACUGGGCGCCUUUCAGCAGUUCGGAGUGUCAAAUGUUUGCGCCCGCUGCUGUUCAGACUCUUGCGUGA